CCCGCCGCUCGUCGCUUUUCCGGUCUCAGCGCGCUUUCCGGCACGGCGCCGUGCAGCGAGCAGUGCUGCUGGCUCGGGCCCGUCAGCGGGGCCACGCUGCGGUAGUGGGGCUGAGGAGGGGGGAAUCGAGGCCUUUCUCCCUUUGGUGUAAGAAUCAUCGCAUCGCUGCGUGUGAUUUAAGGGCUUUUGGAGCAGCCGGGAGCAGCGGUUUGGGAACGAGGGCCUUUGACGUUCAGUGCGUUACCCCGGCCUCGUGUGUCUGCGGCGGAGGAGAUGUGGAGGUGACGUUUGCAAAAAGAUGGAAAUGGCAGAAGAUAUUAGUGCAGAAGAAUAUCCCACUGAAAUUCAUGAUUAUCUUGCCACGUUUGAAAACUCUCUUACUUCGGUAGAUGAGAUGUUGAAGACAAUGAUGUCAGUUUCUAGAAGUGAGCUUCUCCAGAAGUUAGAGCCUCUUGAGCAAGCAAAACUGGAUUUGGUUUCAGCGUACACAUUGAAUUCAAUGUUCUGGGUAUACUUGGCUACUCAGGGAAUCAAUCCAAAGGAACAUCCAGUGAAACAGGAACUGGAGAGAAUAAGAACAUACAUGAACAAGGUCAAAGAAAUAGCAGACAAGAAAAAGGCAUCCAAACUUGACAAAGGAGCAGCUUCCAGAUUUGUAAGGAAUGCACUCUGGGAACCAAACCCUGAAAAUGAUCAAACUUCUGCUAAAGCAAAGAAGAGAAAGAUGAACUAAUUUUUUUUUUUUCCUCCUUUAUGUUAUCAGAGACACCUAGAGUUAUCAAAAUGUGUUUUCUGCACUGUAUGAGUCCUACAGAAGUGCUGUAUAGCAACAUCUUGAUUAAAUUAUACUUAAAUUUUGCAGGGUUGUAUUUUGUCCAGGAUGCUCCUCUCUGAGGUAACUAUGCACUGAGGUUAAAAAAGAAAAGAAAAGAAAAGCAUUGUAUGUAUAUCUGUAAGUGCUAUGUAAUGCUCCAGAAAUAAUGUUUCAUUAUUAAAAUGAUAAUGACUUGCCAAAUGCUUGUUGGUAAUAGAUACUGGUAUUGUUUCGAUUAUAAUGCCUAAGAAUUAAUUUUUUUACUUAUGUUUUUGUAUGCACUUCGUCUGUUGAAUAUUAAAACAGUCUCAAACAA